AUGGACGAACAGUACAACGUAUUUUCCCAGAGAAGAUCUUGGCCACUUUGGAUGACAAUCCUUAUCUUCCUUGGAACGAUGGCAAUCUUGGGAAUAACUAUUGGUCUCAUUGUUCAUUUUCUGGCAGUUGGAAAGAUUUACUAUUACCAAGGUAAUUUUCAUAUUUCUGGAGUCACAUAUAAUGACAGUUGUGAAAAAGCAGUUUCAGAAGCCAGCACAAAUCUGAGCAAAGAUAUUGAGACUAAAAUAUCUACCACAUUUCAGAAUUCUAGGGUAUACAAAGAAUAUAUCAACUCUCAGGUCAUGAAACUUCUUCCUAAUCCCAGUGGUUCCAGUGUACAGUUACAGCUGACAUUCAAGUUUCCUCCAGCAAAGAAGAAUAGCAUGAAGCCUGAAAUAGAAGCUAUCUUACAUCAGAUAUUGAAAGACAACAUGGCAUCCUGGAAUGCAGUUCCCACCUCCCUUAAAUUUAUAGAAAUCAGCAAGGCUCAUGCUGAAAUGCUUACAAACAACUGUUGUGGGAGACAACUGGCCAACAGUAUUACAUCUGGCAAUCGAAUUGUGAAUGGGAAAAAAGCCGUGGGUGGGGCCUGGCCGUGGCAGGCAAGCAUGCAAUGGAAGGGCCAGCACUACUGUGGUGCCUCUCUGAUCAGCAGCAGGUGGCUCCUAUCUGCAGCUCACUGCUUUGCUAAGAAAAAUAAUUCAGAAGACUGGACUGUCAACUUUGGAACUGUAGUAAAUAAACCAUAUAUGACAAGGAAAGUCCAAAAUAUUAUUUUUCAUGAAAAUUAUAGCAAGGCUGGGGUUCACGAUGAUAUUGCCCUUGUGCAGCUUGCUGAAGAAGUCUCUUUUACGAAAUACGUUCGUACGAUUUGUCUUCCUGAAGCCAAAAUGAAGCUCUCAGAAAAUGACAGCGUUGUAGUUACAGGAUGGGGAACACUUUAUAUGAAUGGUCCUCUUCCAGUAAUACUUCGGCAGGCCUUUCUGAAGAUUAUUGAUAACAAAGUUUGCAAUGCUCCACAUGCGUUAUCUGGCUUGGUGACUGAUACAAUGCUGUGUGCUGGAUUUAUGUCAGGAGAAGCUGAUGCCUGUCAGAAUGAUUCUGGUGGACCACUAGCUUACCCCAACUCUAGGAAUAUAUGGCACCUUGUUGGAAUAGUAAGCUGGGGUGAAGGAUGUGGUAAAAAGAAUAAACCAGGUGUCUACACUCGGGUGACUGCUUAUCGUGACUGGAUUACCUCCAAGACUGGACUCUGA